CACUCUAUUUAAGAGGGACCUUGAAGAACUAAAUGGACUACUUGAUACUAUCCUUGACGGUUGGUCGGAAGUUGCUCUCUUCCCUAUAACGUACUCCCAUUUGGCAUUGAACAAGGUCCCUCUAGAGAUCGAUUAUGCCAACUUUCAAGGACCAGUGCUGAUGCGUGAAUUAGAUGAGAAACUUUUCAAUGAGGAUUGUAUUGCUAGUUCAAUUAAAGGGGAGAGGGAGAAGGAAGAUGGAUUUUCACCCCCACUCCCUAAUAAGGAAGUGUUUGAUAAAAUUAUUCAUGAUAAACACCUAGUUUCACAAAGCUCUCUUUCCACAAUUCGUACACUAAUAAUAGAGGGAGGGGGGAGAGAAUUCC